AUGGAAGAUACAAUUGAUAUUGUAGCAGAAUUUGUCAAGGCAAAUAACUUGGAAACUCCAUUUAAAGAUGGUAGACCAGGUAAGGACUGGUACUAUGGAUUUCUUCAUUGUCAUCCUUCCCUGUCAGUGAAAAAACCAGAACUUCUACAAAGCAGCAGAAAAAAUGCUUGGAAACGAGACAUUUUUUACAAUUUCUAUUCAGAACUGAAUAAAGUUAUUAAUGACUGUGGUUUAAAUGAAGAAAAGGCUGCUUUUGUCUUCAACUGCAAUGAGAGUGGUUUUAAUAUGGAUCCAUCGCACAUCAAAGCAAUAGGGGAAAAAGGAUCUCCUUCAGUCAGAGUGUCAGGGGGUUCUGGAAGGGAGAGCACCACAGUGCUAGCAACGGUUUCUGCUGAUGGAAAUUAUCUUCCCCCUUUCAUUGUCUCCAAAGGAUUAGCUGUUCAACCACGUUGGAUUCCCACAGAGGAUUCUUAUCCAGGAACCCUAUAUGCUGCUUCUUCAAAUGGUUGGAUGGAAGAAGAGCACUACCAUCAAUGGUUCAUUGCCUCACUCAGUCCUCAUGUUAACCAACUGAGAGUGGCAAAAAAAUUGUAG